AUGGAUUUCGUACUGAGCACUGCUGACGACCUUUUGCUCGACAAGGUCUGGGCUCGCAUCCUCCCUCUCCAUACAAAUUCAUCCGGUCUUUCCUACGAACAAUGGGAACCGACAGUCUUAUUGCCCGAAACUUCAUCAUGGCCUCGCGACUACAUACCGCGUCAAAUUAUCUCUCUCUCCGUACUCACGUUGAUUGGUAUCCAUGCAUUGUAUUUCAUCUUUGCGUGGCUUUCAUACACGUUCAUCUUCAACCAUGACAUGAUGCGCCAUCCAAAAUUCCUGCCCAAUCAAGUCCAUCUCGAAAUAAUGACCAGUGUGCGGGCAUUCCCCGUCAUGACCCUCCUUACCCUUCCAUGGUUCCAAGCUGAAGUUAUGGGCUACAGCAAGCUUUACGAUGGUCUCGAUACUUAUGGCUGGCCAUACUUGUUCGCCAGUGUUCCUUUAUUCCUCUUGUUCACUGAUUACUGCAUUUACUGGGUGCAUCGAUGGUUGCAUAUCCCUUUCAUCUACAAGGUUCUCCACAAACCUCACCAUAAAUGGAUCAUUCCAUCUCCGUGGUCAUCACAUGCCUUCCAUCCAGUCGAUGGCUAUCUCCAGUCUGUCCCGUACCAUCUAUUCGUAUUCCUCUUCCCUCUCCACCGCAUGGUCUACCUCUGCCUCUUCGUGUUCGUCAACUUUUGGUCCAUCUUUAUUCAUGACUCCGACAUGGUCACCGGCCACCCGCUCGAGACCGUCAUUAACGGUCCUGCGCAUCACACUCUCCACCAUAUAUACUUUACGGUCAACUAUGGCCAAUACUUUACCUGGGCAGACAGGGUCGGCAAUUCUUACCGACAGCCGGAAAAGAGCCUUGACCCGCUACUGGAGGUCCAGUUAAAGGGCAACAAAAAGGAGCAGUAA